GUGAUCUAAUAGCUGUCAUAUGAGAUUCAGUUGUGUUGGAUGAAGAACAGAAGGACCCGCGUCUGAAUGGAGUUCGCGACUUCUUCAAGAAACACACCCAUGCGAUCCGUUAGGUGAGGGACCGGCGCUCGCGUGGAAAGGAAGCCCUCGAGCCUAAGAAAACAUGGCGUCCGUAGGGAAUGGAGCCUUCGAACUGGAUUACAGCUCCACAUCUGUACAGCUGCAGCUCAUUGGCCUCGGCUUCGGCUUCUACACCGUCGUCUUCCUCCUGUCCCACUUCCUCUCUGUCCUGAUGUCCCAGACCUACCGCUCUCUGUCCACGAAAGAGAAGGUGUUCUGGUGUUUGGCAGCGACGCGGGCGAGUUUCGGCGUGCAGGGUUCAUGGGCGGGGUUACGUGCUCUGAUGGAGGACGGCCCCGUGUUCAGUGAUAAGAUGCGUGGACAGAGCAGCUGGUCCUGGUUCACUGUGCUGACGGGGUGCGGGUUCUUCUUGUUCGAGAACACGGCACUUCACGCGUCCAACCUGGCAUUCAGAUCGUUCGACGUUCCGCUCGCCGCUCACCACGCCUUCGCCCUGGCCGGAUUUGUCGGCACCGUCCUGUACAGGGACAUGGGACACUUCCUGCCUGUUGUGACGCUGCUGCUGGAGAUGAGCACACCGUUCACCUGCGUCUCCUGGAUGAUGCUCAAGGCUGGUUUGUCUCUUACCAUAUUGUGGAGAGCGAAUCAGUGGUUGAUGAUCCACAUGUUCCACUGCCGCAUGGUGCUGAUGUACUACAUGUGGUGGGUGUGUUGGUGUAACUGGACUGAGAUGCUCGUGUACGUUCCUCUGCUCCAGCGCCUUAUCUUCUUCACAGGCCUGGCGCUCCUCACACUCAUCAUCAACCCCUUGUGGAUGCACAAAAAGACCAUGCAGCUACUCAACCCUGUCGACUGGAACUUCAGCAACAAACCGGCACCCGAGAACUGCCCCACAGGGGGUAAAAUACACCGUAACUGAACUCGGAUGACUUGGGACACUGAGUGGAGGAGGAGGAGGAGUGAGGGUCACUGAGUGGAGGAGGAGGAGGAGUGAGGGACACUGAGUGGGGGAGGAGGAAGAGGAGUGAGGGACACUGAGUGGGGGAGGAGG